AUGUGCCGAGGAGUUAACAACAAGAAAGGAUCGACAAACGAAGGGGACAUCAUCCGUCGAACUGGAGCGAGUGACAAAGAGAAAGAAGAGUCACCAAGCCGAGAUCAGGAUCCGGGACCGAACACUCCGUCACCUCCACCAACGAAAACUGCACAAGAAGGAGGAGGAGCCUCAGCUUCCGAGAAACACAAGGAACCAAAGAAAGACGAGACUGGAGUGAUAGAAAGCAGAAAGGAUUCAAAAGAUGACGCCGUUCCUGGAGCUGAACAGCAAGUCCACAAAUGGAUUCAACGGACUCUCGACAUGGGCGUACCGGCUCUUCGCAACGAGUAUCGCCAGUUAUCGAAAUGGUGUCCAGAGGGAAUGACGUACGAUGCUUUCAAAGCCAAUCAGGGAGCUCAACCGCAACGAAAUCGAUAUCAAGAUGUACCAUGUGGAGAUGCGCGUCGAGUGGUGAUCAAGUUCCCGGGAGCUCCAUGCGAAUACAUCCAUGCCAACUUUGUGAAGACACCGCAGGCCGAGAAUCGUUUCAUCUGCACCCAGGGACCUCUCGAAAACACGGUCGUCGAUUUUUGGUACAUGGUGAUUCAGGAAGCCGUCGAGACAAUUGUCAUGUUGUGCAAUUUUUUGGAAACUGGCAAAACCAAAUGCCAUAAGUAUUUCCCGAUGGAGAAAGAUGAGACGAUGACGAUCACUCCAGAUAUCACUGUGACGAACACCAAGAUUGGACCGAUGUGCCCCGAGGAACCUUCUGUAAAGCUCUCAAUGCUGAAGGUGAAAUUCAAGAAAGACGGAAAAGAGGAGACACGAAUGAUCCGCCACUUCCAUUGGCAGGACUGGCCAGAUCGCGGCGUUCCACCAUGUCGCCUCACAUCGACGGAGCUUCUUUCGCGAAUUCGUGAUAAUCAGAAGCCAAUUGUGGUGCAUUGCAGCGCGGGAAUCGGUCGAACGGGCACGAUUGUAGCAAUUGAACACGUACUUGAGAGCUUGCAAUACGGAAAGGAGUGUGUCGAUAUGGAUAAGUUGCUCAAGGAGCUACGCGAGCAACGGCCUUGGUCGAUUCAAAAUGAUUUACAAUACCUCUACAUUCACCGCAUUCUUCUCUACUACUUUCUCGAAAAACACAAGGCAAAGAACCAGGCCUUGCUUACGCCCGACAAUCAGGCUAAGUACAAGCAGUUCAGCGAAGAGUACGAGAAAGCGACCACU